AUGGCCUUUUCGGUUGGGUUCACCCGAAUCCGCUUACGAGCUCUGUUUACUCGGGCCAAUGGGAUUUGUCCCUUUGGAGAAUAUGCGAGAGAGCUAAGAAGGAUUUCAGCUACUUCCAUGUUUAGCCCGAAGAAAAUAGCUUGUGUGAAGGAUUCCGUAAAAACACAAAUGGAGCUAAAAGGGAUGUUCGAGAUCAAGCAAGUUCUUCACUAUGGUUCAUUGAAUAACAUGAUGAUGACUGUUUUUGGAAAGUAUUAUGAUUUUGGUGAAAAUGGGGACUGGUGUGAGAAGGAAGAAGUAGGGAAACUAGUUUCUAAAGUGGAUGGGUUUGUUAGAAAGAUCAUAGACGAUCACAGCAUGGUUACUGAUCAGGACAAUAAUCAUGGAUACUUUGUUGAUGUUCUUCUUGAUCUUGAGAGAGAGAACAAGAUCACCCGAUCUGAUAUUUGUCCUAGGAACAGAUACUUGUUUGCAAUUCUAUUAGAAUGGAUUCUAGCAAGACUAGUUCUUCAUCCAGACAUUCAAGCCAAAGCUCUCGCCGAAAUUGAAACAACUAUUGGCUCUUCAAGGGCGGUAAUGGAAUCUGAUAUCCCAAACCUGCCAUACCUCCAAGCCUAUCUGUAA